UGCAAAAAAUUAAUAGAAUUUUUGGUUAGAAAUAAAAACUAAAUUUAUAUAAAUAGUUGUAAGAAAGUUAUUUUCAUAAAACUUAUAUGGUAUUACUUAUCAAUUUACCCAGUUGGUUCUGUUCGUUUCAUAGAAAGUGACAAUGUUCAGAAAUUAACAGAAUUGUUUUGAUACUUGUAGCAGUUAAAUUAAAUGUUACUGCAGGAUGAGCUUAACUCCUCAAUCAGAACAAUCUGGAUGUGCAUUAUCAUCUCUAACUACAUUUAAAUGGAAGCGUAUCGUUAGACCAAGUGGACCACAACCGAGACCUAGGCAUGGGCAUAGGGCAGUAAACAUCAAAGAAUUAAUGCUCGUUUUUGGUGGAGGAAAUGAAGGAAUUGUUGACGAGCUUCAUGUAUUUAAUACAACUACAAAUCAAUGGUAUGUUCCUGCUAUGAAAGGUGAAGUACCGCCAGGUUGUGCUGCAUACGGAUUCGUUGUCGAUGGAACAAGAAUUUUUGUUUUUGGAGGAAUGCUUGAAUAUGGAAAAUAUUCAAAUGAUUUAUACGAGCUUCAAGCAACCAAAUGGGAAUGGCGUAAAUUAAAACCGCAUCCGCCAGAUAACGGACAACCUCCUAGCCCUCGUUUGGGACAUAGUUUUACCUUAAUUGGCGAUAAAGUGUAUUUAUUUGGAGGUUUAGCUAAUGAAAGCGAAGAUCCAAAAAAUAACAUUCCUAAAUAUUUAAAUGAUCUUUAUACAUUGGAGAUCAGGACUUCGAAUAAUAAUGGAAAAUGGGAGAUUCCUACAACAUUCGGUGAAAAUCCGACACCACGUGAAUCACAUACAAGUGUUGCUUACACUUGUAAAAAAACUGGGAAAUCUAGUCUUGUAAUUUAUGGUGGCAUGUCAGGUUGCCGUUUAGGAGACCUUUGGAUGUUAGAUACAGAUACCAUGAUGUGGACAAGACCAGUUACUCUUGGUCCAACACCUCUGCCAAGAUCAUUGCACAGUGCAACAUUAAUCGGGAAUAAAAUGUACAUUUUCGGAGGUUGGGUUCCUCUUAUACCAUGUGAAUCUGAAAAUCCUAUUAAUGAACGGGAAUGGAAAUGCACAAAUACUUUAGGUGUUUUAGAUUUAGAAAAAUUACAAUGGAGAGAUGUUGCUUUAGAUUCUGCAGAAGAAAACGUUCCAAGAGCAAGGGCUGGCCAUAGUGCUGUUGGCAUACACAGUCGUUUAUAUAUCUGGUCUGGCCGGGAUGGCUAUAGAAAAGCCUGGAACAACCAGGUUAGGGUUUGUUGCAAGGAUUUGUGGUUUUUAGAAGUUGAUGUUCCACCAGCGGCUGCGCGUGUUGCACUCGUUAGGGCUUCAACUGAUUCAUUGGAGCUUUAUUGGACGCCAACUCCGUUUGCGUCGGCCUAUAUAUUAGAAAUACAAAAAAUUGAUACACCACCGCCAGUUGUUAUGCCAAAGAAUCCUAUUUUUCCUACAACAUCAUCUCCAUCUCAUCAAAUACCAUCACCACAACAACCGCAAAAAUCUCCAGAGCAGCCAAUUAUUUCAAAUUCUUCAUUAUCUCAAAAAUACAAUGCAGGAGUUUAUGCGCCAAAUAUAAAACCUAUUCAAGUACUUCGACCUACAGGUUCCAUUCAAUCACCAGUUAAAAGCAAUUCUUCACUUUCACAGCAGAGCGAAUCUUAUUUGUUAUCUACGCCAUCGACAGCUACUACUCCAUCCGAAAGUACAAAUAGCUCAGUUUUUAGUCAACAACAGAGUGGAACUAGUUUAAAUUCGAUAUCAAAUGUACCUAUAUCAUCCCCAACAUCUUGCACUGGAAACAAUGCAAUCAACCAAAAUUCCACCAUCGUUCAAUUCACAGCAAACACUGCAGGUGGUGUAAUUGGUUCUUCAAAUAACAGUGAUAACUCCACUAACCAAUCUACUAUUGUACAAAAUGUAACCAAACAAAUAAAGCAUCCGUCAACGAUAAUCAAUACAAUAUCUCAUUCGGGAAACAUUAGUAAUAUAGUAAAUACAAAUAUUAAACAACAAACUUCUCCCCAAUCACAACCUAUUAUAAGUCAAACACAAGCAGUUCGCAUUGUAGCGGCUAGUGCGGUAGGGGAACCACUUUCUAUAAAUCCUUCAUGUACCACAAGCACAUCAACGGUUAAAGUUUUAGGAAGCGGACAAACGGUUCGUUUAAGUUCAACGAAUACAACUUCAGCGCCUACAACAUUAAUUAAAACCUCAACUGGACAUCAAGUAAAUGCACAAAAUAUCAUACAGCAAUCCCCCGUUAUUGCUGCGACAAGUAUUAAUUCUGGUGUAGCUGCGAUUUCAGGUAAUGCAACAGCUUCAGCAACAAUUGGUGGGAAACAAUUUAUAAUUCAAAAGCCUCUUACUUUAUCUGGGCAAAAUGUGCAAUUUCAAUUAAUUAAAACCUCAACGGGAAUGGCUGUACAAACAGUUCCAAAAAUCAAUGUUGUGAAAGGUUCUGCUGCUGCUUCUGCAACUGCCGGUACCUCCACAACAGUAAACACGUCAAUAUCAAGUUCCACAGCUAGUCAGCAACAGCAGCAUAUUGUUACUGCUGGUCAGACAAUAGGAAGUGGAUCAAAUUUACCUGGGAACAAAACGGCGUUAGUGCAAGGAAAUAUAGUUAAAUUGAUGUCCCCUUCUGUUGGAAACAUUGGCACAAACAAAAUAUUAAUGAAAUCUCCAAAUUUAGUUCAAGUUGGAAAAAUGUCAUCAAGUUCUGUAGGAAAACCGGCUUUUGUAAUAACAAAUAAACAAGGUCAACAAUUGCGCACAAAUCAACAAAUAAUAAUUGUAACAACUGCGUCAAGCUUAAGAGCAAAUUCAACCGGCACAAGUGUAGUUUCACCAGCUAAUGGUGGAAAUAUUAUAUCAUUAGUGGGAAGCAAUACUCAGCAAGUAAGUUCUUUAACAUCAACAAGUGUAGCACAUUCAUCUAAUACGCAAAGUGGUAGUACAAGUACAGUUAAAAUGAUAAGAGGGGUGCAAGGAGCUAGUGGUCGACCAAUAACGUUAACUCUACCAUCAAACUUACAGCAAAAAGGUGGUCAAAUAUUCCAGCAAUUACCGCAAAAAACAAUAACGCUUGGUGGUAAAUCUGUUACAGUUCAAAUGGCAGGAGGUGGUGGAGUCGCCAAAGCCGUGACUAUUGUAUCAACAGCAAAUACUGGCCCUAAUUCUGGCCAAGCUCAAAUUAUUUCUACUGCCCAAACUGGUGGAACAACAAAAUUAGUAAUGUUACCAACAAAAAAAAAUUUUGUAAAUUUAUUUAGUGGUGGACAAAAAGCUACAACAAUAUCAAAUACUGGAGCAAGUAGCAGUAACAAUAAUAAUAGCACAGGUGGUAAUAAUAUUAGUAAUGCUACACAAGCCACAAUUGUUUCGUCUAAUAAUAAUCAACAGCAACAACAAAUUGUUCAACAAGUCAUAGCAACAGCAACUAGUACAAAUAAUAUUUCUUCUGAUAAUAUACAAGCAACAAAUGAUACAAAUUUAUCCAGCUUAACAAAUGAAACCAGCCUGAAUGACAUUGGUGUUGGUGCUAAUGAAGCUAAUCAAAUUACAUCCAUUGACCAGUUAGACGGGAACAUUUAUUGUAAAGACAUCUUGUGUAAAAAUUGUAAUAUAUUGAAUAGCUGUAAAUUUGGUGAUGACGGUGAUAUAGAAGAAGUUUUAAUAAAUACAAAUGAAAAUGAAAAAUUUAACCGAAUAAAGUUGUAUAAAUAUUGUAAUAAGUAUAAUGUAAAUGGGAAAAUAAGUUUAAAUAUGAUGCAAAUUAAACGUAACUGCAUACUUAAAAAAAAAAAUUUAAGAGAUGGUAAUUUAUUGCGAACGAGAGAAAUUAAUAGAAGAGAAGAAGAACCAAAAUUCAAUUUAGAGUUAAAGGAACACACAACAUCAGUCAUAACUAUAAAUAAUAAUAAUAAAAACAUAUCAAAUAUGGACAAAAUAGCAACUCACACAGCAAGAGUAAAUUCAAUCAAUUAUCGUAAACGUUCAUACCCAUAUGAUAAGGAAAUGUUAUUGGAUACUAUUUUUAAUGUAGAACUAGGAGAUAAUUUAAAAUUAAAUUUAAGUAAUAAAAGUAAAAUAAGGAAAAUUAAAAAUAUAUCUGAAACUUAAUUAUGAAACUCGGAUAAAUUUAUGAAAUUAUAAAAAAAAGCAAAAUUUUUUUUGUUUUUAAGAAUUUAUCUUUUUAUUAAAAAAAAAGAAUUAAGUAAAAAAAUUGUGAAUAACUCUUAUGGAAAAAAGCAAAACUUAUUUUUAUAUAUUUGUGUAUUGUGUAAUAUAUUCUGUAAGUUUGAGUAUAUUU